AUGGGAGUCGUCGCAGCCUUGAAAAGGAACAAAAUUGGGGCAGUGGUGGUGUCGGUGUUUGACUGGUACACGUCGGAGUACCCCAAAGAAGAGAGAAGACUUCUUCGCAAGCUUGAUCUCGCCAUCCUUGUCUUCGGAUCUCUAAGCUUCUUUUGCCGCGUCAUAUGCACAAGUCACCAAAGGGAAAGGCCUGAUUUACAAAUCCUUCGUACAGAUAAUACGGCCUACGUCUUGGGUCAGAUUCCACUUAUGACACUGCAAACAAAAGGAAAACUUGCGCCAUUCCUGCUUCCUUCGCUCCAGAUACUUUGGGCCGUUAUUGCCUUUUGUCAGUCAGAGAUCAAGCAUAGCUGGCAACUUUAUAUUUUGAGGGCCCUGACUGGGUUCCUCGAGGCAAGUUCGUUUGGCGGCACCCAUCUCAUCCUUGGCUCGUGGUUCAAGAAUGAAGAACUCUUCAAAAGAGCUGGUGUAUGGUUCAUGGGCAAUUCACUCGGCUCCAUGUUCUCUGGAUACCUCCAAGCUGCUGCAUACCGAAACCUCAAUGGCGUUUUUGGACGUGCUGGCUGGCGAUGGUUGUUUAUUGUCCAAGGUAUCAUUACGUUGCCCCUUGCCUUUCUGGGAUUCGUCGUCUGGCCUGGGCUUCCUACAUCGCCGAGAAGGUGGUAUAUGACUGAGGAGGAGCAUACUCUUGCUCUCAAGCGCAUCCCUACCGUCGAGAAAGAGGGAAUCACAUGGAAGACGUUCAAGUAUACUCUGAGUCGUCCCAUGUGGUGGAUUUGCGUCUCGUGCUACAUAUUCUUGUGCCAGGCGCAUUAUUGGACGGGUUAUAUGGCCCUUUGGCUUCGUCACGCUGGCUACUCCAUCGAGCUCGUCAACAUUCUACCCACGUUUAUCGACCUACUCCGCGCCAUCUCCUCCUGGCUUGGCACAACACUCGCGGGAUGUCUCAGUCUUCGGGGACUGUGGACAUUCCAGGCCUCCUUUGUGUUCUUUGCAUGUAUUGUACUAUCUAUAUGGACGGUGCCCGAUGGUCUGAAGUUCGUCGCUUUUUACUUCGGUGGCUUCUCAGGCAUGGCAUCGCCCAUUCUUUACUCAUGGGUCAACUCCACCUUAAAAGAAAACUACGGCGAACGUGGACUCAUCAUUUCCUCUAUGAUGACGCUGGGCUUUUGCAAUCAGAUCUGGAUUCCGCUUUUCACAUUUCCAACAGUCGAGGCGCCAAAGUUCCCAAAUGGAUACCCAGCGGCAACAGUGUUUGAGUUUACUAUGUGGGCGAUCCUGAUGGGAGGAGUCUGGUAUAUGAAAAGGUGGAAGACUAAGCACCCGGAUCUCGAAAUGCGUCUGGCUGAGCCUGCGAGCCUUGACCCAGUGAGCGAGCCAGACUCUGAGGAUACGGGCAGGACUGACACAAAGGGUGCGAGCAAACUUGUGAGAGCUUUCUGA